CGCGUGCUGACCUGGGGGGCCGGGGCCCGGGGCUCUGCGGGCGCGCCCCGGCCUGAGUUCGCCAGGCAGCGACGGCCGAGAAGGCGUCCCUGGAGAAAACAACAGGUCCGCCGACCCGCGGGAGCGCGGCGCGGCGCCGGGGAUGCGGACGCCGGUGGUGAUGACGCUGGGCAUGGUGCUCGCGCCCUGCGGGCUGCUGCUCAACCUGACGAGCACGCUGGCGCCCGGCUGGAGGCUGGUGAGGGGCUUCCUCAACCAGCCGGUGGACGUGGUGCUGUACCAGGGACUGUGGGACAUGUGCCGCGAGCAGAGCAGCCGCGAGCGCGAGUGCGGCCAGCCGGACGAGUGGGGCUACUUCGCAGCCGAGCCGGUGCUCGCGGCGCGGGGACUCAUGGUCACGUCGCUGGCUACCACGGCCCUGGGGCUGCUGCUGGCGUCGCUGGGCGUGCGCUGCUGGCAGGAGGAGCCCCACUUCGUGCUGGCGGGCCUCUCGGGCGUCGUUCUCUUCAUCGCGGGCCUCUUCAGCCUCAUCCCGGUCUCCUGGUAUAACCACUUCCUGGCUGACCGCUCCGUCCUGCCCGCCCCGGACAGCCCGGUCACGGUGGAAGUCAGCUACAGCCUGGUGCUGGGCUACCUGGGCAGCUGCCUGCUGCUGCUGGGCGGCUUCUCGCUGGCGCUCAGCUUCGCGCCCUGGUGUGAGGAGCGCUGUCACCGUUGCCGCAAGGCACCCCCUGGCAGCCUGCGCCGCCCCAGCAUCAGCACCGUGUACGUCGACUGGCCGGAGCCCGCACUCACGCCUGCCAUCAAGUACUACAGUGACGGCCAGCACCAGCCGCGGCCCGCCGAGCUCGGCGCCACCAGCAAGCCCAAGGUGGGCUUUCCCAUGCCGAGGCCGCCGCCCAAGGCCUACACCAACCCGGUGGACGUUCUGGAUGGGGAGACGGCGGCCGAUUCCCAGGGCGCCUCCUCGCGCAGCACCCGGCCUUGCCACAGCUCCCUGCCCUGCGACUCCGACCUGUAGACUGCCCUUCCCCAGGCUCUGUCAGGACGAAGGACUCGCCCCACCACGGUCCAACUUGGAAGUUGUCUGUUACCUUUACGCUGGAAACACCUGGCUCGGAGUAGGAACGCGGGACACCAUUCCUGCUCCUGAAACUGGUUUGGAGGGCAAUCUUCCUUUCCUGUGGUAGACUCCUUGGACGAUUAGUUAAGGUUGGGUUUGGUUUUCUUUUUAUAGAAUUUAUAGAAUUUAGUUGUUCUCUCCAGAGGGAUCAGGGUCCUUUUAUAGAGUGAUAGACUUUUCAUACUUUUGGCUGAAGGCGAUAACGACUUUGCACCGUGUUGACCCGGGACAACAACAACAAAAAGUCCAAAUCAGCAAAGAGAGGUUCAAAAACCUCUAUUUUAACACCUUGAAACAAUACUUUGAAAUGCUGAUAAACUUUGUCGACAUAAUUAUUAUUUUUUUUCCUACUGUAUAAUACAUUUUCAUACAAACUCUCAAGAGUCCAAUGUAUUUCUAGCUAUGUUUGAAUGAGGCUCUUAAAAUAAACAUAGAGCCAUGCAAAUACCUGCAGCUUUAGUGGCUUUUAUGGAAUGAAAUAACCGGGUUAAUUCAUAUUUACAUUUCUUCAUGUAUAAAUAGGAUUUAUCUUUGUUAUCACUUAUUUUCGGUGUGAACGUUGAGGUCACCCCAGAGUUUUCUCUAAAAAGCCAGAAGGAGGAUGAAAGGACAGAUGCUAUAGGUUUUGUUCCUUGGCUACCUCACCCUACACGUAGAAGAGUAUAGAUUAAACAUUUGGAGCACAGUGGAACUUGUUCAUCACAUUUGGUUGAAGUACAGGUGUAUAUAUCUCAUUUAGAAAUAAAAUUUGAAAACGAGUUUCAGUAUACCCACAAAAGCUUUUUUGUCUCCACUACAACUUUCCUCGCAGUUUAAGCCUUCAUUACCAACAAUUUCCUGGCUGCCUAGGCACUGUUCCUGAAAUCUAGCACUCAGAUCUUUGCACCUCUUAGCAUAAGAUUACUAAAAGAUGCCAGUGGGCCCCACUUGAAUUCCUGACUGCUUUAUUUUCAGGUCCAUGCUGUUUUCUGUGCAAAGCCAGGUCUAUUGUUGAAAAAACUAGAAGCACCAGUUUUCACAUGAGGUGAAACUAGAAAUCUUUUCCUCUUGUGACAGUGGUGCCUAAAGUCACAGGUAGACAGCUCUGUGUCCCACGAGCAGAACUAAAUCUCCAGCAGGGCUGGCUCUGAUCCCAAGUGGUUGAUUUCAAGGUGCCGUUCAUUUAAGGAGCCUCAUCUUUAAAACCUGCUGUUGGGAGCCAAUUCAGAGGUAGGGACAAUCAGUUCAGUGAGUACUGAUAACAGAGCCAUAGAAGUAACUAAACAGCAGUGGAGGGGUAAUACAAUUUACUUCCUUUGCCAUUUUGUACUGGAAUUACCUGUUUCUUUUUCACUUGGGCAUCUUUUUCAAAUGCAAAUUCUGAUUCAGUGGGUCUGGAGAGAGGCCUGAAACUGAAUUCCUAAGAUCUCCCAGGAGAUGCCAAGUGGUUCAUGGCCCCCACUUGGGGCUGCCAGGUUUUCACUGGGCCGGUGUCUCACUCAAAUUUCAGCCCCAACAGGCAGCAUAUAAUCAGACCUUUGAGAGCUUGCCCUCUCGCUGAGUUAGGGGCCUUCCUCUAGGGAACAGAGCCAGAAUGGAAAAAAGGUAACACGGCUUUUUUCAGCUAACAUCUCAAAAGCAGAGAUUAGGCGCCUGACAGACAGGACCUAGCAGACAACAUAAAGAUAUUGGGUUUCUGGCAAGUAGCAAAUCUACUGAAUUUUUUCUGCAUCACAAUUCCAAAUAUUUCUAGGGAAACGAUAAAAAACAAACAAAAUGGUGUUUUGUUUGUUUUUCGUUUUCCUUCUUCCCCAAUUAUUCUCCACUGGCUUAUAUUCAAAACAUUUCCUCUCUGGUGAUUAAGAUUUGUUGUCUAGAGAACUCAAUUUUUAUCCUAUCAACAGAUAUAAACCCAAAACUCCCAUUAAAAAUACCAACUUCUUUCUGCUAUAAAAGAAAUAUUCAAGACAGCGUGGAAAGAGGCUCCUGCAUCAGGCCUGAUCUGUGUUGGGCCUGAGGGUCGACCCCCGCCACAGCGGCACCCACUGAGGAUGGGCUUGAGACUCACACCGCAGUGAAGGCACUGA